GGCGGAAACAGCGCCUGUAGUUUUUACAACUCUUCGGGGCUGGGACUUCUCCGGCGGCGGGUUAAAAACUCAAAGCUAAGACCUUGGUCUUGCUAUUAGUUGCUCAAGCUACUCAACAUUGGUCUGCCAGAGUGAUGGCACUCCCUUUCCGGAAAGACUUGGACAAAUACAGGGAACUUGAUGAAGAUGAAAUUUUGGGCAAGUUGACUGAAGAAGAACUGAAGCAACUGGAAACUGUCCUGGAUGACCUUGAUCCAGAGAAUGCCUUGUUGCCAGCGGGAUUCCGGCAGAAGGACCAGACUGUGAACAAACCCGGCGGGCCUUUUGACCGAGAGAAGCUGCUUUCCUUUUUGGAGAAACAAGCCCUGGAGCAGAAAGACGUCGAGGAAGUUGUGCCUUACACGGGAGAAAAGAAAGGUAGUGGCUUCCACUGA